GUGCUGGGCGGGGCAGGCCAGCGGACCGCCUCUCCGGCCUGCGCCUUUGCCCGGGGAUGCUUCGGGAGCGGGGCGGAUCGGCUUCUUCUCGGGCUCCUCCCGCUGCCCCGACGCCUCGGCGGCCACGUCUGAAAGCGAUUCAUUGUCUCUUGUUGGCAGCUCCGAGCCACGGCGGUGGCGAGAGGCGGCGACAAGGUGAAAGUGACAUGCAGAUCGGAAGCAUUUGUCAGUAUUUCUUAGUUGCAACAGUUGCUUCAAGUGAGGCACACAGAGCGCACCUCUGCCCAAUCGUCCUCGGACUGCUUGAAUUUGAGGACGCUAUUGAGCCAGUGCAGAGUCUCAACUUUUUUUCAUCACCCUUCCUUGGUCAGAAUGGCAAGGAUUCGGAUUCCUAGCACAAUUGUUAUAAUUUUUGUUACGGUUCAAACUGGAUUCUUACUCUUCAUGUAUGCCCGGUACAGUAGCUUCAUGCCUCAGUCUGAGGAGAAACCAUCACAAGUCCACAUACUUAUUCUGUCCUCUUGGCGGUCAGGAUCUUCUUUUGUCGGUCAACUUUUCAGCCAACACCCCAGUGUCUUCUACCUGAUGGAACCUGCAUGGCACGUGUGGGUUACAAUGUACCAGAACAGUGCCAAAGUCUUACACAUGGCAGUGCGGGACUUAGUCAGGUCGGUCUUUCUGUGUGACAUGUCUGUGUUUGAUGCUUACAUGCCUUGGAAAAGAAACUUAUCCGAUCUUUUCCAGUGGGCAGCCAGUCGGGCUCUUUGUUCAGCUCCUGCAUGUGACUCUUUUCAACGUACUGACAUAACCAGUGAAUUAGCAUGCAAGACUCUUUGUGGACGGUAUCCAUUCAGCAAGGUGGAGGAAGCCUGUAAAACUUACAGCCAUGUUGUCAUCAAGGAAGUUAGAUUCUUUGACUUGAAGGUCCUGUACCCCCUCCUCACUGACCCGUCCCUGAAUCUCAAAAUUAUUCACCUGGUCCGUGACCCCAGGGCAGUCGUUAAGUCACGGGAGCAAUCAGUCAAAGCAUUAGCCCGUGACAAUGGAAUUGUCUUGAGUACCAAUGGCACUAAAGUGGAAGAUAGUAAAUACAAAGUAAUGCAAGAGGUUUGUAGAAGUCAUGUUCAGAUUUAUGAAACAGCUACUCUAAAACCACCUAAUUUCCUGAAAGAUCGCUAUUUAAUGGUCCGUUUUGAAGAUCUUGUAAGAGAUCCGUUAUCAGAAAUCUCAGAAAUGUAUAAAUUUGCGGAUCUUAGUUUGACUCCCAGGCUCAAAAGCUGGAUCUAUAAUAUCACACAUGGACAGGGACCGGGGAAAAAAAAAGAGGCCUUCAAAAUAACAUCUCGAGAUGCAGUUAGUGUUUCACAGGCCUGGAGAAAUGUUCUUUCCUUUCAGAAAGUUAAGAAAAUACAGGAAGUUUGCAAAGGUGCUAUAAACAUUCUUGGUUAUCAGCUGGUGGAUUCAGAAAAAGAACAAAGAGAUCUGACAUUGGAUUUGGUGUUGCCAAGACGACAAAAUCAAUUCAGUUGGUCAUCAUUUAAUCCAAAGAACUGAGACAUUUUUGAGAGAUCUGGGGAGGUGGGGCAAGGUAGUUGUUUGAAUAUUUCUAUACCCUGCAGCAUAUAGUAAUUGGAAAAUCCUGGGCUGAUGACUUUAUCUUUUCGUCUACUCCUUUUCUGAUAAUGUAAGAAGGUUUUUUUUUGGUGAGUUUUUUACAUAUUAAAAAAAAGGCAGCAAGAUGCUUGUCAGCCUGUUACUAUGCUGCUCACAGCAUUGUUUUAAGAAUAUAAUUUAAGCACUUUCUGUUAAAAGAUGGAUUCUCAGAGAUGUCUUUGUUUAUUGGAAAUAGUUCUCUUUUUUAAAAUUCUUUAAGUAUUUAAGAAUCACAGUUCUUUAUUUGUAUAUAUGGAACAAAGUAUAUACUAAAUUCCUUCUUGACUUAUUUCUUUAAAGUUGUUUUGCAGUGGUAUAUGUUUUUUCCAGAUUUCUUUUGAUGUUUUAAAUUUUAAUAUGUAAGUUUUCCAAAAGGUGGGACAACUGCAGCAGCUGUCUUGUAAAAGCCUUAAAUGGGAACUUCAUUUAUUGAUAGAUUUCAUAGUGGUUUCCUUGGAAUGGCAAUGUUUACAAUCAGAUAGUUGAAUGUGGUGUUUGCUUGGAGUGCAAAAACUUGAAGAAACUGAAGAAGCUUUCAGUGGAGUCACAGUGGAAAUAGCGUUUUAAUGCUGUCCCUGUUGUGUUCUAAUACUGUGACACAGAAUAAGUGCACACUUGCUCCUGCCACACACUCCAUACCGUUAGCCUCUCCCUUUAGAACGACAAGUAAUUUAUGAAGGUUACUGAGAAAUUUA